CAUCAGUUUCAUGCAGAAUUGCCUAAUCUUUUCAACCACUUCACAUCGUGUGCUGGCAGGAGAGGUGCAUCGGGCGAGACCAAAUUUGUGUGCGUCCGCUAGAAGUUUUGAGGGGGUUCUGCUGUGCUUGGUGCAGUGAGAGAAAGGGCUGAUGAUCGCCCAAGCAUAACGUGGUUGCUUGGAUUGGAUAUCACGGCCAGUCCCACUAAGCAAGCAUGUUAUCGAGGACACUCUGCACGUGUGGGAGGCGCCGACUGUACGGUCCGCAAUCCUCGAGCCUCAAGAUAUGGAGUCAUGCGCGACCAUCUGUACAGCAUUCGCCUAUCCGGUCGUUUCAUCAGUCAUUCUUAUGGAAACGCGAUGACGCCGCCAAAAGAACAGCACAGGCUACUAAGGUUGGCGAGAGUCCUCCCAGUAGGUCAGAGGCCGCAGAAGUGACCAAGCCAGAGACGCUCCAAUCUACUGCAUCUAGCAGGGCUGCCGACGCAGAUGCUAAGAAGGAAGCUCUCCUCUCAGAGAAGGUGGUAUCCAACAAGGAGCAACGCAACGUCGACUUGGCCAUCAUGAAAGAAAUGGUCCAAUACCUGUGGCCAAAGGGUGACUGGGGAACCAAACUUCGAGUGGGGACAGCACUGGGCUUAUUGGUCUCUGCAAAGAUACUCAACGUCAAUGUGCCCUUUUAUUUCAAAAAUAUCGUCGACUCAAUGAACAUUGACUUCUUAGCCGUCGGCGGUACAGCUUGGACGGUUGCCGGCUCGAUGCUAGUCGCCUAUGGUGUCACGAGAAUCGGCGCUACGUUGUUCACAGAGUUACGAAACGCCGUCUUCGCCAGUGUGGCUCAGAAGGCUAUUCGCAACGUUGCGCGUAACGUGUUCGCCCACUUGCUGCGGUUGGAUCUCUAUUUCCAUCUUUCAAGACAAACAGGUGGACUGACAAGGGCACUUGACCGAGGUACGAAAGGUAUCAGCUUCUUGUUGACGUCCAUGCUAUUCCACAUCUUCCCGACCGUGCUGGAAAUAGGUAUGGUGUGCGGCAUAUUGACGUACAAAUAUGGGCCGCAAUUCGCCGCCAUCACGGCCGCCACCAUGAUAGCAUACUCGGCAUUCACGAUCACUACUACAUCAUGGAGGACGAAGUUCCGAAAGCAAGCCAACGCUGCAGACAACCAAGGCGCCACAGUGGCUGUUGACACGCUGAUAAAUUAUGAGGCAGUCAAAUAUUUCAACAACGAAAAGUUCGAGGUAGACCGAUACGACAAGGCCUUGAAGAAGUACGAGGACGCAUCCAUUAAAGUCACGACAUCACUCGCCUUUUUGAACACUGGGCAAAACCUCAUCUUCUCAAGUGCUCUUGCAGGUAUGAUGUACAUGGCUGCUAAUGGAGUAGCCGGCGGCGAAUUGACCGUGGGAGACUUGGUCAUGGUCAACCAGUUAGUCUUCCAACUGUCGGUGCCUCUGAACUUUUUGGGUUCGGUCUACCGAGAACUUCGUCAAUCUCUCCUGGAUAUGGAGGCGCUGUUCAACUUGCAAAAGGUCAAUGUUACAGUCAAGGAGGUUGCAAAUCCAAAACCUCUGAACCUCAUACGUGGGGGUGAGAUCAAGUUCGAAAACGUCAAUUUUGGAUAUCAUGCUGAUCGUCCCAUCUUGCGUAAUCUGAGCAUGACAAUUCCAGCCGGUAAGAAGGUUGCCAUUGUCGGACCCAGCGGUUGUGGAAAAUCGACCAUUCUCCGACUUCUGUUCCGAUUUUACGAUGCAGAAGCUGGCAAGAUCUUGAUCGAUGGCCAGAACAUCCGCGAUGUUAGCCUUGACAGCUUACGAGAGAGCAUAGGAGUGGUUCCGCAGGACACUCCGCUGUUCAACAACACCAUUGAGCACAAUAUCCGCUACGGAAAGAUUGAUGCUUCUCUCGACGACGUCAAAAAGGCAGCCCAACGGGCGAGAAUUGCUGAUCUGGUGGAGCGCUUACCUGCUGGAUGGAACACGAUGGUCGGCGAAAGAGGCAUGAUGAUAUCAGGUGGUGAGAAACAGAGGCUUGCGGUUGCCAGGCUGCUUUUGAAAGAUCCACCACUCUUGUUCUUCGACGAAGCGACGUCCGCACUGGACACCUACACGGAACAGACGCUGCUGCAGAAUAUCAACAGCAUCUUAAAGGAGAAAGCGCGGACCAGUGUGUUUGUGGCUCAUCGACUUCGCACCAUUUACGACGCCGAUAUCAUCUUUGUGCUAAAGGACGGCCAAGUGGUUGAACAAGGCAGCCAUACAGAAUUGCUCGCUAUGGGCGGACUGUAUUCAGACCUGUGGUCGGCACAAGAAGUAUCGAUUGGACAAGACAUGGGACUCGAGCGCUCGCUGGAAGAAGAUCGUGAAGACAGGGAGAAAAAGAAUUAAGGAUCAUCGCAGUUGACGUCCAAUCGUCUGUCAAUGUCUUACGGUGGAGAGAGUCAUCGACUGUUCGUGAUUUCUAUGGCACAGGUACAUGGCGGCAUGCACAGCAACC